AUGCUGGUCUUCCAAAUGCAAGUCAUCCAGGGUCUGGUCUUGACUUUGACGGCUCUUUUAAGCAUUGCUGCCGUCCGAAGUCUUGUUUCCUGGCUUCACUUGCUGGCACGGCCGAGAGAUCAAUUUGCCAAUUUCUUCUAUGAAGACCGCGAUGGACAGGCAGAAGGGAAGGCUGUCCAGUCGGUCACUCGAUGGACUCAUCGUCUUGUCAUUGCGGUCUUGAUAUCCUUCUCUUGUGCAAUGGCUAUCUCGCGUGCGAUUCUCAUCGGUCUGCUCCUGAUUCAAAGCAUUGGAUUGCUGGUCGAGUCUAGCUGUAUAAAACGCUUCUCACUCGGUUUGCAAUUGGCCUGUUCAUGUGCCCUCGCCACGGUAUCACUUGCGAUAAAUUCAUUUGGCGUACCGACGAAUGUAGUCCAGUCAAGUCUGAUUGGUGCUGAGUGCGCAUGUCAGGCUGUAGCAAUUCUGCUCAGCUUGCUUCUCCCCCGUCGUCCAGAUGUCCGCCGUAAUGGUGUCGAAGUGGAUAGGGAACUUUCGACUUCAUUCCUCGGCCGUAUCACCUUUAGCUGGGCGGACCGCGUGCUCGACCUCACCAAAGGCCAGGAGAUCGAAGUAGAUGAGCUGCCCGAGCUGGACUACGAGACGCGCGCCCACAGACUGCAGGAAUCUUUCAAUCAGGCACGUCACGCCGUUGCAACAGACUCUGCUCCCCUCUGGAGGACUUUACUACUGUCCCAUCGCUCGAAUGUGAUCUCACAGUUGCUGCUGUGUAUCUUCCAGACCCUUAUAUCCUUCACGCCUCAUCUUUCGCUGUUGCAGAUCCUUCGUCGUCUAGAAAGGCGCUCGGAUGAAUUGACACCUUCGAUCCAAAUGUGGUUUUGGGUGGCUGCACUGAGUUUAUCGAUUGUCCUGUCCUCGAGCAUUGAAAGUUGGCUGUACUGGAUUGCUUGGAAUAAAGUCUCAGUGCGCGUCAACGAGCAGAUUUCCAUUGCUGUGUUCGACAAGGCAAUGCGAUUGAUGGGCUCAAACACUGUGGAGCCUAAUAAUCUUGGAGAGGAGAAUGAAGCAGGGAGUAACAGGACGCAAAACACGAUCAAUCUUGUCGCCGUUGAUGGCCAACGCAUCGCAGAGUUUGCGACAUUUUCAUUCCAUCUGCUCCUGUCGCCAUUGAAAAUGUCUAUUGCUUCAAUGAUGCUUUUAGGAUUGCUGGGCUGGCAAAGUCUUCUGGUUGGCCUUUCCAGUUUACUUAUUCUGCUGCCUAUGAUCACUCUCUGCGGACGAUGGUAUGCCGCAGCAGCCCACGAGCUCAUGAGCUCGCGAGAUCGGAAGAUGACCAUCUUGACAGAAAUCUUGCGUGUUAUCCGCCAACUCAAAUUCUCGGCCUGGGAGAGAAAGUGGAUGAAGAGAGUCCAAAGCGCACGAGAUGGGGAGCUGCGAGCCCAGCGACGAGUCUUCCUGGCCAACGCAAGCACCAUGUCGCUAUAUCUGCUCGGUCCAAUUCUACUGUCCAUUGGGUCCUUGGGGACGUACACCAUUGUGCAUCGACGUCUAACAGCAUCAGUAGCCUUUACAGCCAUCUCGAUCCUCACUUCCAUGGCCGGGUCCUUGGGUUUGUUGCCAGAAUUGCUGUCGGAUCUGCUCGAUGCUCUCGUCAGCAUGCGUCGCCUGGAUGAUUUUUUUGCCGCCUCUGAGAAAAUGCCCAUCCUGACCCCAUCGGACCGGAUUCGUUUUGAGAAUGCCUGUAUUAGCUGGCCGAAGGAACCUUCCCAGAAUCAUUCUCCUUGGACCUUGGAGGCCGGGGAUCUGCAAUUCCCGCCAGGCAAGAUAAGCCUGGUUAUGGGACGAACAGGAGCCGGGAAAAGUCUCCUUCUGGCCAGCAUCCUCGGCGAAUGUCGGCUUCAUUCAGGAAAAAUCAAGGCACCAGUAGCUCCAAGCUAUGAGGAGCUCUGGUCCCCGUCUGCCAUAGGUGCGCAGUGGCUCAUCCCUUCAGCCGUGGCGUAUGUGGCCCAACUACCCUGGAUUGAAGCGGCCACAAUCAAGGACAACAUUCUUUUUGGGCUUUCUUUUGACAGAAAUCGAUACGACCGUGUUAUCUUUGCCUGUGCUCUGACCAAAGAUUUGGAUUUAUUGCCAGACGGCGAAAAUACCGAAGUUGGCCCCAGUGGCGUGAACCUGAGCGGCGGCCAAAAGGCUCGAAUUGCCCUGGCACGCGCCUUGUACUCUCGUGCAGGCAUCCUCAUUCUCGAUGAUAUCUUCAGCGCCGUCGAUGUGCACACUGCGCGUCAUUUGUACGAUCAUGCCCUGACAGGACAGCUAGCCGAAGGACGCACAAGGAUUCUUGCCACUCAUCAGAUCGGUAUGUGUUUGUCACAGACAGAAUAUCUGGUGCAUCUACAGAAUGGGAAUGUUGCCUUUGCGGGGGAUCGCUUCGAGUUAGAGAAUACUGGGUUACUCGAUAGUUUUCUCUGCUCCCAACCGAACAUUGAAACUCUUGAGACUGCGACGUCUGCUUUACCAGAAGACAUGGUUCAGCCAAAUUUACUCCAAGCAUCCUGCCCCUCCAAGACGCAGGAUGGGAUCAAGGUGCACAAUACACGACGCUUUGUGCAGAAGGAAAUUGGUCGGACGAAGACCUCCGUUCCGCGGCUGUUUCUCCAGUAUGUCAAUGUCAGUGGCAGUCGACGUCGAUGGCUCCUCCUAGUUCUUGGAUAUUUAGCGUACACCUUGCUCUCUCUGAGUCGAAACUGGUGGCUGCGUGUUUGGAGCCAACAAGACACGACAACUUCCGGGGCAGGCAGCGGAGCUGAAGGUAGCCUUAGCUUCUAUUUGUCCUUGUAUAUUGCUAUUGCCGCGUGCGAGUGGAUCGUCGGCUCGCUGCGUACCUGCCUUGUAUUCAUGGCCACUCUGAAGGCCUCCGACACUCUCUUCCGGAAUUGCUUGAUGGCCGUCCUGCAGGCUCCUUUGCUGUGGCUCGAUACAGUGCCCUUGGGGCAGGUUCUCAAUCGGUUCACAGCCGAUUUCAACGUCCUUGACUCACGGUUGUGUUUUGAGUUGACUUACAUGCUACAGAUGGGCACCGAAUGUCUUACUAUCGUCUUAGCAGGUCUGCUGGGUAAUCCAUGGCUGAUUGUGCCGACCAUUCCACUAGCGAUGUCCUGUCUCUUCUACGCUCGACGAUAUCUCACUGCGGCCCGUGAAGUGAAACGCAUUGAGAAUAUUAGCCGCAGUCCAAUAUACGAGCAAUUCAACUCCUCCUUGAGCGGACUAUCGACCAUACGCGGCUUUGGUCGAUCUGAUUUCUACGUGGCCCAUAUGCAGUGGCUUAUCGACCGACAUGCUCGAGCAUUUUGGCAUCAGUGGCUCUUGACCCGAUGGCUGGGCAUCCGAAUGAACAUUCUUGGAGCGGUAUUUGCAGCGUGCGUCGCGGCCCUCGUGACAACCCAACCGACUAUUGAUGCAGCCACAGCCGGGUUUGCUAUCAGCUUUACAAUUCAACUGAGCACAGCCCUGACGCAUUGUAUUCGGCUCUAUACCAGUCUGGAACUAGCUAUGAAUGCCGUUGAUCGAGUAAUGGAGUACACCAAUAUCGAGCCGGAAUCUCAACAAGGGACAGAUCCUCCUGCUGCAUGGCCAACAUACGGCAGGUUAGAAGUCAACGACCUUACUGUCCGCUAUGCCCCAGACUUAGCCCCGGUACUCUCACACCUCAACUUUACCGUCCAAGGGGGCCAGCGGGUUGGUAUCAUCGGCCGAACCGGAGCUGGCAAAUCAUCCUUUGCCUUAGCCCUGUUUCGAUUUUUGGAAGCCUGUGAGGGCCGAAUCGUAAUUGACGGUAUUGACAUUUCUCAAGUGAGGCUUGAACAUCUACGCAGUCGACUGGCGAUGAUUCCGCAGAAUCCUGUGCUAUUGUCGGGAACCAUUCGUUCAAAUCUAGACCCGUUUCAAGAGCACGAUGAUGUCAAUCUCAUUGGUGUACUGGCACUGGUUCACGGCACCGCAAUGGAUGCAGGGCCACUAGCACCCGAAUUGGACGCUCCCGUCUCCGAAGGGGGUCUGAAUCUUUCGCAAGGACAGCGGCAACUGAUCUGUCUCGCACGAGCCAUGGUGUCAAAUCCACGAGUUCUCAUUCUGGAUGAAGCCACCUCGGCGGUUGAUCAAGCCACUGAUGUUCAAAUUCAGCAGGCGUUGCGAGCAAGAUUUGGACCUGACACUACCUUGCUCGUGAUUGCACACCGUCUGAGCACGAUUGUGGACUUUGACCGAAUUCUGGUGCUCGAUCAGGGUACCGCGGUAGAAUUUGGGCGUCCAAGCGAGCUACUGAGCAUUCCGGAAGGAAUAUUCAGAGGAAUGGUUGAGCAAGAUGCAGAGAGGGAGCAAUUGAUGGAGAUCAUUCGAACUCCAAGUGACCCUUCAGCUCAAGAUUCGGAACGCUCUUUGUUGUCUGGAUGA